AUCUCUUGCUUAUUUCUCUCAUCUCAAUCACAUUUCUUUCUUUUGCGUCUUUUCACUCUUCCUCUUUCUACAGUUUCUAUUAUGCUGAUCUAUUUCCUUUUCUACGAUUAAUUGAUUCUCACAAAAUUUGGUCGCUGGCCGUCGGUCAUCGAAAGGGAAAGUUGGGUUCUACAGUUUGAGUUGACUUUUGGUGUUUUGGGUUUGUUAGCUCUGCUGAGAUUUGAGCACCAAACCCUCCAUUUCCUUUCAGAUUUCAAAUUUGAUGAUUUCCUAUCUCUUGCUUAUUUCUCUCAUCUCAAUCACAUUUCUCUCUUGCUAUUAGCGGUAGAGGAAGAUUGAGGGAGGGGUUUAAUGAAGAGAGAAGAAAGAAGUAGGUAGAUCUACCAUGAUUAGAUCUAGGCAUGGGAGUCAGACGAAGAAAAUCUUGAGUGGUGGGUGUAGGUUGGAGGUGAGAAGAGAAGAUGAGAAAAGGGAAGAGAUAACGGGGAUGGGCAAUAGUGGGAGAAGAGGCCCUGAGCUCUUCGUAGAAGCUGAUGUGUCUGUCCAGUGCUUCCUCAGUGGAGAUGGCUAUGUGCGAUCUCUACACCAUGUCCUUGACGGCCUCGAUACAAAGGCCGCAAAUCUAGCGACCCUGGUAGCAUUCCUAGGCACGGAGGAUGCAAGUCGAAGUGCAUUCCUCAGUGAAGCAGUGGGAAUCACAUUGGCAGAAUGCCCAAAUCUAUCACAAAACAAAUCGAAGCUUGAUGACAAAGUGAUAGUUGGAAUAGUUGUCAUAUUGGCGAGGAUGGUAGUGGAGGAGAAAAAUAAGUUAGAUCUGUCAAGUGAAUCAAAGGAUGGGAGAUUCACUGUUUUCAAACCUAGCCCGGCCUAACUGGUUGAACUGGUUGAACGAUGUUUGGUUAUAAAUAUGGUUCAGGUGA